CCAUUAGGAUGGCGAUGCGGAAAUGGCCAUCAUGGCGGUGAACAAGAGCGGUUGACCCAAUUGUAGGGCAGGAUGCAGCGUUGGUGGAGUUGCCCCAGUCACUCUGCUAUACACCUCCCGUGACUUGCUCCAUAACAGUAGGCAGUCGCAAUUUACUACAUGCAAGAAUUCAUCAUUCUGGGAGAAGGUUUCGGAUCCCCCCCCCCUUUCUUUUCGCCUCAUUGCGACGAGACCGAAUCAAACGGAGACUGUGCCGAGACUCGAGAGUCAGCUAUACCGCUGAUACCGACAUUGUCCACACCUCGCGGUUUCUCUACCAUUUUCGGGGAGCUUGCGGACAGGCCCAGUCAAAGGGCACCGGUGCAGUGGGUCCAGAGCGUUUUUGACUUUUUUUUUAUGCUCGGACUCGUGUGCAGCGUGCAGUUUGUUGCCCAACAUGGGAAUCUGCAUACCAUGCUUGAUCUACAGAAUUACUAUGCUGGUCGACAGUAAGCCACCGAGACCAGGAGUAUGGAACCGUGGAGAUAAGAUACAUUAUUCAGAUUUUAGCAUGUACAAGAGUGAAGAGUGUUUGAUAUUACCUGUCAGAUGUAUCUUA